AUGUGUAUUCGCUUUUGCCGUCUUGUGCAGGUGUUUCGACUGCGGGGUUCGCCCAUCGUCAUUUCGGCAGCACAACUCAAUCAGCGGAAUUUGCUCUCCUCGUUGUCGUCAUCUUCCACAGUCAGUGAGGGUGGUCAUCACAUGCGGGAAGGGGCCAUGCAUCAGCCCGGGGAAUCUGGACAACAGGCAGGCUCAAGCAGCACGAUUGCCGGGAAGGAGACAUGGUCGCAGUUUAGCGCGAAGAUGCGGCACGGACGUCGUCGUAUUCGAGUUAUUGACGUGGCGGCCAAAAUGUCUUACGAGUACCAGAUGCUGCGAAAGAUGUGUAAACGCCGGCCAUCGAUGCGUCAAUGGGCCGUGCGUGAUGACUUCUGCGACAUGCAUCCCGGCGUUGUCGUCAUGUCGCCAUCGAUGCAGGCAGCCUUCAUGAAAGUCUUUCGGCUGAAGGAUAAGGGUCUCAUCCGCCAGUGCAUGCGCGACAUCAUUCCAGUUAUUGAGUACCGAAAUCGCGAGGAGCCGAUGCGGCUGCAAGUAAAUGCAGCCGAAAUGAUACCCGAGAACGAGCCGGACACACUGAAUCAGAAGAAGCGGGAAUUGUUUGAGCGCCGUGAAAAGGGAGAGAACUUUGCGGAGCUUCGCUUACACGACAAACGCUCACAAGCAAAACUUCGGUUUAAAAUACGGCAACGUUUGCUGAAAUUUCAACGGCAGUUAGCAGUGGCAAAUGCGGUGGCGAGUCGCACUGUUCUCUACUCGGCGGAUGAUGCCAUUGGGUACUUUCUCUUCCGUGGGGCGGCGAUGUACGCGGGGAUGCACCGUGUCUUCUUUGAGCUUAGCAAGCAGCUCCCACACUUUGUUCCCAAGACGAUGUUGGACUUUGGCGCCGGUACCGGCACGGCGACACUUGUCGCGAAGGAGGUCUACGACCCCGGCGCACUCGCCUACCCGCUGUACCGCUCGCUGCGGCAGACAAUGCAAGGAAAUGAGUCCUCCCGUAUUCACCAACUGGGUGAGUUGCGCUAUGAUUUAAAACGACUUCAGCGUAACAACGCCGAGAAAAAGAAGGUACGUUUCAUGGCUGUGGCAGCCCUGCUGGAGCGGGGCGAGGUGGACCCGGCGGAACUGCCAGAAGAUUUGCGAAGAGAAAUUGCCGAGGUGGCGGCGGCAGCGGCAGCAGCCAAAAAAGAGCGCCUCUCGCGGGAGGCUCACGCGCGUCACCGCGACGUUGUGGAUGGGACAGAGUGGGAAAGCGGGGAUCCGCUUAACGUCGAACACGCGAACCUCGAGGACCCAAACGACGUCAUGGAUGGCGAGGAACACGAUGAACUGCAUGAUGGCGGUAGUAUACACAAAAAAACGUGGUGGGAACAAUUCGUUGAUCUGGAAAGCGAGACGGCGCAGCAGCGGGCGGCCAAACGUCUUCGACCUCUGCAGGAGGUGACUGCUGUUGAGCCCAGCCCUGGCAUGAUGGAGAUUGGGACCAUGGUGCUGCAUGACGACGUGCCAAACGUGAUUUGGAAGCGGUAUUUACUUCCGGAAGAUGAAGUGAUCCAGCAUGAUCUCGUGGUGGCCGCCUACUCCCUCAGCGAAAUCGCCACGGUGGAGAAUCUCGA